GUGUUUGUGGCUGGGGCUUUACAGCUUGGGGUCUCCCGUAGGUGCUUAAGUCCAGCCCAGAGGGGGUGUUGUUCACGAUGAAAGUAGUGGCUUUAAUCAGUGGUGGAAAAGACAGCUGUUACAAUAUGAUGCAUUGUGUUGCUGCUGGGCACGAGAUCGUUGCCUUAGCCAAUUUAAGACCUGCUGAAAACAAAGAAGGCACAGAUGAGCUGGACAGUUACAUGUAUCAGACGGUAGGGCAUCACGCCAUAGAACUUUAUGCUGAAGCAAUGGGUUUGCCUCUUUAUCGUCACACCAUUAAGGGUACAAGUGUGGACACUGGCAGAACAUAUACCAGAUGUGAAGGCGAUGAGGUUGAGGACCUUUACCAGCUUCUAAAACUUGUUAAGGAGAAAGAGAAUGUAGAAGGUGUUUCAGUAGGUGCCAUUCUUUCAGACUAUCAACGAGUCCGGGUGGAAGAUGUGUGCAAACGGCUUACCCUACAGCCCUUGGCUUAUCUUUGGCGGCAGAACCAGGACAUUUUGCUCAAAGAAAUGAUAUCUUCCAAUAUUGAAGCCAUUAUCAUAAAAGUGGCAGCUUUUGGUUUAGAUCCAGAUAAACAUCUAGGAAAAACAUUGGAUGAAAUGGAACCUUAUCUUUUAGAACUUUCUAAGAACUACGGAGUCCAUAUCUGUGGAGAAGGUGGAGAAUAUGAAACGUUCACAUUGGAUUGCCCUCUAUUUAAGAAGAAAAUAGUUGUGGAUUCAACAGAAGUGGUUGUACAUUCUGCAGAUGCAUUUGCUCCUGUGGCUUAUCUUCGUCUAUUAAAAUUACACUCGGAAGACAAGGUGCAGUCUUUAAGCAAAGGGCUGGCCAGGUGCUGUUCCUGUGAUGUCAACUGUUUUGAGGAUAGUGCAUUGUCUGCUUCAGAGGAGCAAAGUGAAACCCCUUGUAUCACAUGGCACUCCACUGGGUCUACCUUGGUGAAGUCUAGUAAGAUGUUGGAAUGUUCAGGGAAAUCCCUGAAUGGUUACAGGUGGCUAUCCAACAUCAGUGCUUGUUUUCAUCCAUCGGAAAGAAUAAGAGUGGAAGAUCUGGCUAAGGAUACUUUUUCAUUACUCCAAGCUCAUCUGAAUUCAAAAGGAUUGGAAUUGACAGAUAUUAUUUUGGUCCAUCUGUACAUGAAGAACAUGAAAGAUUUUUCUGUGAUAAAUUCAGCCUAUAUGACAGCAUUUGAUUUGUGUCCCCCAGCAAGAGUGUGUGUAGAAGCCCUCUUGCCUGAAGGAAUGUUAUUUCAGAUGGACUGCCUUGCACACAAGUGUAAUGAGAUGAUCGGUGAUGUACCCUGUUAUCAGAAGCAGAUUAUGCAUGUGCAGAGCAUUUCUCACUGGGCUCCUGCCAACAUAGGACCUUACAGUCAGUGUGUACAGGUUGGAGAAGUUCUUUACUGUGCUGGACAGAUUGCACUUGUACCUUGUACUAUGCAGCUUAUAAGUGCUGGCAUAGAAGCAGAGGCUUUGGUUUCCUUAAGCCACGUUGAAAAAGUCCUCAAAGCCAUGAGCCAGAAUACCGAACUCCACCAUGUACUUAUGGCAAAUUGUUACGUAACUGACAAGAAGUACAUUUCUGUCGCUCAAGCUACAUGGCAGAAGAAAUUAAGAGAAUUUAAAAAGGGAGAAAACGAAGACAUACAUGGUGACAGACCUGCAGUGUGUGGGCAGCUGCUUGUGAUUGUUGUGCCUUCCCUUCCCAGAGCUGCAUCCAUUGAGUGGCAUGUCAUGGCAGUAGUAGAUGAGCAACACCAAAGGGGAAAGUUUGUGCUGAUGAGGUCAUCGGAGAACUACCAAAUUAAAUGUGAAGCAGUACAGUCCUGCACAGCUUGUAGUGCAGCUAUUGUCAUAUCCUUCAGCUUGAGUUCACCAUCAGCUGCUACAAUCAAUUUAGAUACAGCCCUACAUGACAUUGUGGAUGUGUUUAAGCAAGCUGUUGAGAAGCUUUCAGAAGAUCAUGACACAAUUCCUUUGGGCUUUAGAACUUUCUACCGAAACAGUCUGGUUGAAAUGGAACCACUGCAAACAGGACUCCAAGAACACAUUGAAGAACAAAUGGGCAUGAAAACACCAGCUCUGAUCAUGGUACCUGUGGUGGACUUACCUGGCCACAUAAUUAUUCAGAUAGCUUGCUGGCUCAGCCAAUAACUAAGCAGCUAUCAUUGCUAUGUGUAUUCCACAGGGAGAAAAGAGAUCAGUGGGAUACCUGGCUGU